AUGAGACAACUGAGGGGGAUGGAGCUCCGAGGGGGCCAUGACCGUAUCGGCGACCUGGUUCGCACUGUGGGGAUGCCCGGCAUCAACUUGGGCAACAUGAUGGAUGACAAAAUGGUCAGGGCGGUCGGGAGUCCAAAUCGGUUGGCUGCAAGGGCUGGAGCAGGUGGCCUCUUUGCUGACCCACUGACCUCUGGAUCAUUCAACUUGGCUGACACACUCUUUAACGACUUAGAGGCCAGGUUGUUCGGGAGUCCAAAUCGGUUGGCUGCAAGGGCUGGGGCAGGUGGCCUCUUUGCUGUGAAUGCAGAGGACUGCUUUAAUCAAAUGGGGCUCCAGAACCACCUUCCCAAGUAUCACGGAUCCUCUUCCCCUCUUGACAGCCCCAGUGAUGUGACUCGUCGCUUCGUCAAGCCGUGCAUGGACGUGAAGCUGGGCCAGUGCAGCUAUAACCGGUUCGCCUUGCAGGAGAAACGUGAGCAGCAGAUCAGAACAAUAAGAUCCCCAGAGAUGGGCCAGAUUUUGCGUUCGGAUAGGGACGCUCUGCUCCGGAACAAUGGGGCCAAUUGUGAUGUGAAGGAGGCAGCUGGACGUAAACUCACCUCACCAGCCUUCUGCCGCUUAACCACCCCCACUGACUCUGAGGCUGUGGCCGACACCUACAAUAUGGCCAGCCAACAAAAGGCUCUCAAACAGAAGAUGGCAAGCAGCAAUUCAACUAUGCCGAAACACUACGAUGAAAUGAAGAAGUACAGUGGGACUGCUGCAGAGCCUCGGAGCAUUAAGGAGGGGGGCUGGUCGACCACACUCAUCCCCACUACUAAGGAUUUCUGGAGGAAUAAACAGAACGAGAAAGAUAUUUACCCUGUGACCAAAGAUAACUAUAGGAAUCGUGUGGCGCUGCUUAUCACCAAUAUAAAGUUCACGCUUGAGGAAUUAGACAGACAUGGAGCUGAGAAAGACGAGGAGAACGCAGAGAAACUUCUCACAGGUCUGGGAUACGAGGUGGUGAAAUACACAAACCUCACUGCAAAGGCCAUCGAUAAUGCUGUAAUCAGGUUCUCUAAACAUCCAAAACUCCGAGGGACAGACAGCGUGAUGGUGGUUAUCAUGUCUCACGGGGAACUGGGAAAUAUCCUAGGUGUUGAAAACUCAAAAUCGGACUCGGAUGAGUUCCCCAUCGACAACAUUUAUAAACACUUGGGUCCAGAGAAAUGUCCGGCUCUGUUGAACAAAACUAAAAUCCUCAUCAUCCAGGCCUGCAGAGGAGGUAUUCUCAUCCAGUCUUUACAGUUACACCAAUCUUUCUCCCGUAAGGGCUACGCCCCAACCAUAAGUGAUUAAAAGGUUUGAAUGGAAAUUGAUGUUGGAAGUUGAGGAGAAAUGAA